CUGUCAACAAAUGGCUGAAGACUAACACAAUUUUCAAAUUUGUACAGUUGAGAGUGUAUUGAAAAAACCAGUGGUCUUUGAUGCAAUUAUUUAUAUGACAGGGUUCCCACUCAUCCUUAAAAAAAAUAUCCUUAAAAGUACGUAGUUAUUGAAAUGUCAAUAGAAGAAUUUGAACAAAAGUUAAAAUUCCCGCACUGCACCAUUCAGAAACAGGCUAUAACGCAACUAUAUAUAAAAGCAGAAGAUUACUUUAAAAAGAAUGGAAAGAUAACUUCUGCUAACUCAUCAGAUUGUGCAAGUAUUGUUUAUUUGUUAAAAAAUGUUGGCAAUAUGAAUGAAUAUAUCAGCCGCCAAUGUUGUGAAUGCUUGUUAUGCUUGGUAGUUGCUGGUCACCUUUGUGAUAAUUUGGUAUUGGCUUCCUGUGUGACAUCAAGUGCUCUUAAAUGUCCAAUCAAAAAUAUAUGUUGGCUUAUUUUGAACAUUGCUUAUCUGAAAGAAGCUUGGUUUUUACAAAGUGACUCUUUGCACCCAUUGUCACAGGUUUUGCUCAACAACACUGAGUUUUCAAAAGAGUUGUUUAUUUCAGUUCAAUCAUAUUUAAUAUCUACACUGCACAAAGAUUUUUCACUGACUUCAAAUAAACAGUUGUUGAAAGUGUUUGCAUCUAUUGAGCCCUUUUUAAAGUUUGUUUUAUAUGAAACUUGUUAUGGUGUUGAGUUGAUUGAGAUCUUCUCUCAACUUUUAUCAUUUCAAAAUUCAAAUGAAAAUUUCUCACUUUUUCAAAAAGUAUUGGAGCUCUGUAAAAAUAAGAAAAUGGUAGAUAAUUCAUCAAAAGACUUCUUAUCAGUAAGCGUUCUUCUUGCUGUUUGGUAUAUAAAUCAUUUAGAUUUAAAAGAUGUAAUCUUAAUAAAUGACUUGAUAUGGAUGUUGGUUACUGGAAUAUGGGAAAGUUUCAAUGGUUUGUUGUGCUACUAUAUCCACCAAGCUUUAUUUUUAUUGCGUCAAUUACUUUUUAUAUGUUUGCAAGAUAAAAAAAAGAUUUUUUUACAAUUCAAAGAAGAACUUCUUCUGUUUUGUGCUUUAAUCAUGGCAAAAUCUAAUGAAGUGGAAGUGUUGAAGGAGAUUUUGUUAUUUGUUUUUAGUCUUAUACCAGAAUGUCUUCGAGAUCUUACAGUGGAACAAUCUAAAUCUUUAAUUUCUGUCCUUGUCUUUCCAAUGUUAAAGUUACUUAGUGACCAACAUUCUUGUUUUGAGAAAUCAGAUAUUCAUAGGAUGAUUUUGGAUUUUUUUGGAAAUAUUGAGAAUAUACUUAUUUGCGAUUCCAAAGUUAAUAUACCACUAAGAAGUUUAAACAUUUCUAUUCAAUAUAGUAAAAUCUUUAACAUUUGUCAUUCAUCACUGUCUAUGUUGACAUUACUACACAGUGAUAAUGCAAUGACUAGCUCAUGGUUAACUGAUAUCAACUUCAUGGUAAAAAGCAGGAAUACUCUGCCUAAAGAAAACAUUAUUUUGAUGCUUUCAACAGUUUUAGUUAUGCACACCAAUGAAGAAUUAUUCAGAAAGGCUCUUCAAACUAUUCUUGUUGUAUGUCAACAUGAUAUUAGCAUGGUUAUGAACUUUUUCCCUCUUUUACUCUAUUGUCUGAGGAGUGACAGAUUUAAAAAAGUCAAGUUAGAUGUUUUGUAUAUUAUACCAGAAUUGGUGCUACAUAAAAUACUUGUAGGUAUUGCAUUAAAACUUGUUAAAUCACUUUCGAUGAAUCUUGCACUGUUUCCACUAGCUGUAAAACUUGGUGUAGAAAUUUGGAAAAAGCAACCACGUGUAUUUCCACAUAUUUUACAGUUAUUUUAUAUAAAAUUUGACAAACCAUUUGAAUCAAAAGUGUGGUAUGAGUGUUUACUUGCAAAAAUUAAUGCUGCCUAUGAAAUUUGUGAUUCUGGGUCAGCUCAUGGCAAAGAUAUGGUUGCUGUUUUAAGUUCUUCAUUAGAUAUGCUUAACGCAGAUUGUAAUGUAAAGUUUAGUGAAUAUAAAGAUUCAUGUUAUUCGUUGCUAAUAGAAACGCUAAAAUCAUUAUGUUUAAACAAAGUAGUAACUGUGGAAUCUAUUUGGAAAAUUAUUAAUACUAAAGUUCAGUCAAAGAAGUCUGUUUCAGUAUUAUGUAGCAUAUGUUCCCUUUUAGCUUGUAUACCUAUUGUAAGAUGUAAAAGUGUGAUCCAACAAGAAGUGAUUUCAUAUCUUUGGAUACUUGUACAAAGCAGUAAGAUUAAUGCAGUCAUAUCAGCAGCUUAUUUUUCACUUGCGGAGUUUCCUUUGGAAGAAAUGAAAGUUAAAUACUUGCCUGAGAAGGUGAGAACCGUUGUUUGCGAUCAACUAAAAGCUUUGAUCAAUCAAGAUUCAGAUGAAAACUUUUUUCCGUUAGAAGAAGUUAUUCCUGGUUUCGGAUUUUCUCUACUAUUGCAUGAGACAGAGAAAGAAGUAAUGUCUGGGUUUAGCACUUUCUUGUCAUCUAUGCUGAGUCAAGAAGUAGCUAAUCUACCAAGAGGUAUUGGAAAAAAAGGUCACCUCAUUUUAAAUCGAUCCAUAUCUUCACCAAUUGUGAAGUUUUUGUCUGAUAAAUAUGAACAAUCAAAUAGGCCUGGACUGCUGCCUGGUCUUGCUGCUGGAUUAUUGUGCUGCUAUGUACCAUAUAUUCAUGGUAUGGACAGAGAAAAUCCCUCAAAAGUUCAUUUAGAGAUACAAGCAGGGAGGUACAAACAAAUGUUGGAAAAUCUUCUACAAGACUUUGCAAUACAACAAAAUGAUUGGCAUCAUGCUAUGCUUGCUCCUCAAAGUUGGUGUCAUUUCAUGAAAAAUCUGUAUUUAGUUUGUAUCCAGGGCAGAAAAGCAAACUUAGAAAUUUCAAAAGAGAAAAAGUUAAUAUCAGAUGAGGAAUUUCAAGAAGAUUCCAAGUCUAUAAAGUUUUGGGUUCGUGAUCAAAUUACUGACCAACUUAAAAAAGCAUCUAAGCAAUCUCCUCAUUUGCAAGGUAAUUCAGUGUUGGGGUUAGUGGGAUUAGCUCAUGCAGUUUCUAACUAUGAGGAGAAUAAUGAUAAAUGUGAAGGGAAUGCCGAUCCAUACUUAUCAAUGCGAACAUGGUUACUUAAAGUUGCUGAUACUAUCAUGGUAGUCUUUGAUGGUAAUUUUAAAGCAAAAUCAAUUCCGUUUCAAUGGUGUCAACAGAUCUCAUCUGGUAAAUCUACAGCUAGUUCAUUAGUAGCACGUUGUUUUGCAGCACUUUCAAUGGGUGAAUUAGCUUCAAUUCUAUUACCAAUUGAUUCCGAAAGAAUUUUAUUCAUGUUAAAUAUGCUUCUAGAAAGGUGUCCGUAUCAAUCGAAAGCAGGUUCUUCGAGUCUAUUGAAUUUUUAUUGUUCCUUAAGUCUUGGUAUGCUGAUUUCAAAUUUAUAUCAACAACAACAAUAUACAGAAAUGGUUGCUAGUAACUUCUAUACAAACAUCUCAUCUUCAGUCAAUGUUCUGGAAAAUAUAAUUUUUAAUGACGAAUUAGAUAAAAAAGAAGGUGCAUGCGUUGGCUACGGUCUAGCAGUUGUAUCAGCAAUAAUGCAUGAUUUAAACAAUUAUUCUAAAGCACAAGCUAUUCAAAUUCGAAAUCGAAUAUUAGAAAAGUGUGGUAGCCUGCAUGAGGCAGACAUGUUAUCAAUAUUUGGACAAGAGUUAUAUUUUGUAUUAGCAUACUUAACUAUGGCCAUGUUUACUGUAGAUAUCCUUACAAUUGAAGAAGUUAAAAACUGUACUAAGUUUAUGCAGAUAAAGGCUGAAAGUAGUUUGUCAGUUGGUCUUCAAUUAGCACUUGGUGUACUAAACUACACAAUGCUUCAAUCUAAAACUGAAAAAAAUCUCUCAAAUGAUAUACUUGAAAACUGGCACAAUAUUCUCUCAAAAAAAGAGUCCAAUGUGUUAAAAAAACUUGGGGCUGUUAAAGGCAUCUUUGCUUCAUAUGGAAUACAUUCCUUGUUCUUAAGGAUUAUAAAUGAUCUGGAUCAAUUCAAACAAUCCAUUAAUACCUCAUUGAAAUUACUUUUUAGUUUAUUUGAUAAAUCCCCAGAUGAUUCAAUCUGUUUGUUAGUUGCUGAACAGUUAGGUUAUAUAUGUCUUUUAGAAGAAAAAUCUUCAAGUGUUGUUAGUCUCCCACAAAGUUACAAUUAUUUAAAAGAAAUAUCUUUGUUAAGGAAUAUUUUUGAUCUGUUAAUGAAACCUUCAAUGAGUAAUUGUAUCAAUGACUUAAGUGAGGACGAGGUACUCACUCUUCUUAAAUCAUUAGUUGCUUUAAAAGGUGUCCCUCUUCCCCCUGUUAACUGGGUUUCUAUACUUGGUCCGUUGACAAGGGCUGGUUUUUCAGAUUUUGUAAAGCAGUUAUGUAUUCAAUUUGCUAUAUUUUAUGUUGGCUCAUCAAACUCUAUGGCUUUAUGGAUAUCUUCUUUUAUCAGUUCUUCAUUAUUUACCAAACUAGCUAUAACAACACAAAAAAUGAUUUUGUUAGCAACUGAAAGUUUAUUACCUUAUUUAACAACUAAUAAACAGAGAGUGAUUCUUGAAGAACUUCCCAUUUAUUGUUUAUUUUUAUCUGAUCACAAGUCUCAAUUUGUGUCUUGUGUUUUUCAACAGUGGUUGGCGAUAUUAAAAAUGUCAACUCCACCUCAGUCUACCAUUUCUUAUGUAUCAUCUGCGUUAAAGAUUGUUUUAGAUAAACUUAAAGAUGUUCAAAUGCAAAUAUCAAAUCAUGAUUUAAAACAUCUUGCCAAACUUGUGUGUUUGUUACAAGGAGAAGACUGGAGAAAAGUUUUACAUAAACUUCCAAAAGAAAUUCGAUACAGGUUACAAAUAGAAAUACUUUAUCUGUUGUCUCCAACAUAUGAUGACAUUUUGGAAAUUGUUUUUGGUGAAGAAAUUGUUUUAACCAAUAUAUAUGAUAUGAUCCAAAUGAUAUUUUCAUUGAAAGAUGUAAAGUUGUUGGAAUAUUUGGUUAAAAGAGUAAUCAAUGAUAACCAAGAAGAUAAGAAUAUUUUCAUGAGCAUUGUAUAUAAAGCCUGCUUAGCGACACAAAAUGCUGGCAGUUUUGUACUUCCAAUAGAUCAAAUGGCUACUAAUGGUUCUUAUAUGAAUCUGUUUAUUCGAUAUAUUACUUCUAAUUCCUAAUUUCCAAGAUUGGUGAGAUCAGGUAUGGAGUAAGCAUUUGUUACGCAUAAUGACAUUUGUGGCGAUAAUGGUUAACAUUGGGUGUAAAUAAUGGUUUAGGAGCACGAAUGUUUCAAUUUAUUUGCAUUGAGGAGUUUUCCGAUCUUAAAUUCUAAAUCUUGACGUAUUAUUUCAAUUUUUGCGAUUAAGUUUUAAUAUGUUGCUUCACGAACAGUCAUAUAUAUUUUUUACAGCUCUACAGUCAAAUACAGUUUGUGAAUUUAAUUGAGGAGUCCUCGACUUUAAUAAAACAUUUUAUAUUUCAACGGUUCGGGGCGUAUUUAUGAAUUAACUUAGGGAGUUGUUUUUCAUUAGUUUUUUUUUAUGAGUUAUUUGUACUAUUCAAAAAUAUUUGUAUUAUGCAAAAAAUAUUCAUAAAUAAACUCAAAAACUUGAAAA